ACCCACCUCUAUUGUUUUUUUUCUAUCAACAUGAGCGCUGUGAACGAUCCCCUGGAACUUUUGACGAAUAAGGGCAACCGGCAGGCCUCCUUUUUGAACCCGAUAUGGAAUCCGCUGGCCUGCGGAUUGGCCGGAGUGGGCGUGGCCAUUUUCGUCAACUGGGGCUUCCGUAGACCCGUGCUUUCCGGCAUCCAGAAACAUAUUGCCUUCGGGGCCCUGGGCGUCGGUGCUGGAUACUAUUUCGACCAGAAGAGGAACGACUAUCUGGCCAAAAGAGAUGCCGUCCUCCGGCACUACAUUGAACUGCAUCCCGACGAUUUCCCCGUGAAGGAACGCAAGACCUACGGGCAAGUCCUGGAGAGUUGGGUGCCAGUUCGUUAAAUGGAUCGAAAUCUUUGUUGUAUAGCGAACGAUGGAAGUAGUUAAUAAAGAAGCUUUAAUUGUAAAACACACGAUUGUGAAAAUGGAGCAAUUGGAUUACUUA